AUGCGAUCUGCAAGCGUAUGCGAUCUGCAAGCAUAUGCCAUCUGCAAGCAUAUGCCAGAUGCGAUCUGCAAGCAUAUGCCACAUUCGAUGUGCAAGCAUAUGCGAUCUGCAAGCAUAUGCGAUCUGCAAGCAUAUGCGAUCUGCAAGCAUAUGCGAUCUGCAAGCAUAUGUGAUCUGCAAGCAUAUGCCAUCUGCAAGCAUAUGCCAGAUGCGAUCUGCAAGCAUAUGCCACAUCCGAUGUGCAAGCAUAUGCGAUCUGCAAGCAUAUGCCAGAUGCGAUCUGCAAGCAUAUGCCACAUCCGAUGUGCAAGCAUAUGCGAUCUGCAAGCAUAUGCCACAUCCGAUGUGCAAGCAUAUGCGAUCUGCAAGCAUAUGCCAGAUGCGAUCUGCAAGCAUAUGCCACAUUCGAUGUGCAAGCAUAUGCGAUCUGCAAGCAUAUGCGAUCUGCAAGCAUAUGCGAUCUGCAAGCAUAUGCGAUCUGCAAGCAUAUGCGAUCUGCAAGCAUAUGCCAUCUGCAAGCAUCUGCCAGAUACGAUCUGCAAGCAUAUGCCACAUUCGAUGUGCAAGCAUAUGCGAUCUGCAAGCAUAUGCGAUCUGCAAGCAUAUGCGAUCUGCAAGCAUAUGCCAUCUGCAAGCAUAUGCCAGAUGCGAUCUGCAAGCAUAUGCCACAUCCGAUGUGCAAGCAUAUGCGAUCUGCAAGCAUAUGCCAGAUGCGAUCUGCAAGCAUAUGCCACAUUCGAUGUGCAGACAUAUGCGAUCUGCAAGCAUCUGCGAUCUGCAAGCAUCUGCGAUCUGCAAGCAUAUGCAAUCUGCAAGCAUAUGCCACAUUCGAUGUGCAAGCAUAUGCGAUAUGCAAGCCUAUGCGAUCUGCAAGCAUAUGCAAUCUGCAAGCAGAUGCAGUCUUCUGUUACAUUACAGUAA